AUGGCUAUUGCUGGUGUGAAGAGGGCUAUUCAGCUUCUAGUCCUCUUUCUAAGCCCUUUGAUUCUAAAUGCCUAUUUCAGCAACCACCCAUCGGUGAAUGUCCCUACUUCAUGGCAAAAUUUUUACAACAGUGAUAGAGGAAGCUGGAAAUUCAAUGAUAAUACUCAUGUGAGGCCCAUCCUUGCACUCGAUCUCAAUGGCCAACCCAGUUUUGGUUUUGGAUUUCUCAGAAAUGGUACUACCAAUGCAUUCUAUCUUGUUACUCUUAAAAUUGCAAUAAGACCCAAUUCCUCAUUCAGCGAUUACGGUCCUCCCCCAGUUGUUCUUUGGUCUGCCAACCCGAAUCGUCCAGUUGAAGAGAAUGGCACUCUUGAACUAACUGUGAACGGAAAGUUGGUUUUAACAGAUGUGGAUGGUACUCCUGUAUGGUCUGCCAACACCUCGGGCGCCUUUGUUACUGGAAUGAACUUAUCACUUGGAGGAAACUUGAAGCUUGUUAAUGGUAGCGGGUCUGUUGUCUGGCAGUCCUACCGUUUCCCAACCAACACAUGGCUCCCUGAACAACGGCUACGUAUUGGAAGGAACUUAACUGCCAGUGUUUCCAUGUCCAAUUUGUCCAGUGGUAUGUUCUACCUCUCAAUAAUUCGCGGUGGCAUCAACGCCUAUAUCAAGUCCGUGCCUCCACAGCUUUACAAAACUCUCCUUCGUUUUCAUGCUAAUAAUGCCACACCUCUUCGCUUUGGGAUUGGAUCUCUCACCCUCUCUGGCAACUAUGUGACCUAUAACCAGAUUGAGAAAGGAGAUUUUCAGUUCAUGAGGAUGGAGCCUGAUGGGCAUUUAAAUGUUUAUCAACUUAUUGAUGGUUAUAAGGAAACAUUGUACUCUGAUCUACUGAAAGAUGAGCACUAUGGCGACUGUGCUUAUCCCACGGUGUGUGGUAACUAUGGCGUUUGCUUUGAAGGACAGUGCAGCUGUGCUGGAGGUGGAAGUUCGAUUUAUUUUCGGCAGUUAAACGCUACCGCAGCCAGUUUUGGGUGCAGGGAAGUUACCCCUUUGUCUUGUCCAGAUGCCCAGCUUCACACUUUUCUCGAGGUCAUGAAUGUUACUUGUUUCAACUUUGCCCCCCAGCUUUCCAAUAUAGAUGCAGAGAGCUGCAGGAGUGAAUGCUUGAAAAAUUGUUCAUGCAAGGCAGCAAUGUUUCGCUACCAAGACAAUACCUCAAUUGGUACAUGUUAUUUACCUACUCAGAUCUUUUCACUGAUGGCCAUAAGGAAGGAAGUAUUCAAUUAUAAUGCCUUGGCAUUCAUCAAGGUACAGAGAUCAACGCACAAGAAGAGCAAGUCAUCUCUGGUUUCAGUAUUGGUACCCUCUAUUCUGGCACCCUUAGUGUGCUUUGCUUUUUUCAUUAGCGUGUGCUACUGUUAUGUAAUGCAGAAAGGAAGAAAAAAUAUCGAGGGAAAACUGAGGGAGAACUCUGAAGAUGAAUCCUCUAUUCAUUUAUUCAAUGAGAUGAAGAAAUUCUCUUUUGAAGAUCUAAGCAAUGCCACACAGGAGUUUGGGGUAAAGCUUGGUGGGGGCGGGUUCGGGGAUGUGUUUGAAGGAAUGUUGGGAGAUGGGACGAGAGUUGCAGUGAAACGCCUAGGCUCCCGUGUGGGUCAAGGAAGAAAAGAAUUCUUGGCUGAGGUGAAGACGAUAGGCAGCAUUCACCAUUUCAAUCUUGUGAGACUGGUUGGAUACUGUGCAGAGAGAUCAAACAGGCUUCUAGUUUAUGAGUUCAUGUGUAAUGGAUCUUUGGAUAAAUGGAUCUUCAACCAAGACCAAGAACAAACCCUCAACUGGGAAACUAGAAAAAAGAUCAUCCAUGGCAUUGCAGAAGGCCUUAAAUAUCUCCAUGUUCAUUGCAAUCCAAAUAUAAUUCACUUCGAUAUCAAGCCUCAAAACAUUCUUCUUGAUGAGAAGUUCAAUGUGAAGAUUUCUGAUUUUGGAUUAGCCAAAUUGAUUUCCAGGGACCAGAGCGAUGUGACAACCGUAGCAAAGGGAACUCCAGGGUAUAUGGCUCCUGAGUUUAUUCGAGGCAGAAAUUUUUCAGCAAAGAUAGAUGUCUACAGCUUUGGAAUUUUGAUCUUGGAGAUUAUCGGUGGACGAAAAAAUCGGGACUCCUCUCAAGUUGACUACCUGAUCGAUAUGGUGAAGGUGAAGGCAGAAGAGGGUCAACUGUCUGAUCUAGUAGACGAUCGAAAUGAAGAUAUGCAGUGCCACAAAGAAGAAGCUGUGAAGUUGCUGAGGAUUGGCAUCUCCUGUUUACAGACUGAUCACCAUAAAAGGCCUUCAGUGUCUCAGGUGAUACAUGUUUUGGAGGGUUCUAUGGACGUUGAACCUAUCACUGACUAUAGCUUUUUGUCAAUGUUUCCCAUGGAUUCUCCACUAGAAGCCAAUCGAGCUGUCUCACCCCCUCUCAUUGCAUCAGUCCUAUCAGGACCAAGAUGA